AUUGACAGUCAUCAGGCCCUGCCUUUCCCCCUUUCUUUCCUCCUCCUCCUCCUCCUCCUCCUCCUCCUCCUCCUCCUUCUCCUCAUCUACAACAACGACGAUACACGCAAGAGAGAGUGAGAGCCGGCUCUCCUUUCUACUCUCAGCGCGACAGAGGCAUCAUCGUCCUGCUCGUCUUCCCCCUCCCCUUUUUCUUCUUCUUCUUCUCCUUCUCCUUCUUCUCCCGACGGCGUUUACCGCUAGUGACGACCUUGCCGCCUCGCUUCAUCCCAUAAUUCCACUCCAGCUCUCCCUUCUUCGGCCCUUCCGACCCUCUUCUUUUCCUCUCUCUCUCUCUCUCUGCUUGCAACUCUCGCCUCGCCUUUGGGCGGUCUGGGUCCCGGCGGCCAUGAGCAACGAGGCAGAAAGCACCUACCAUGGCUACAUCUCCUCGACGCACGAUGCACUGCUCGUGUUUGAGUGUGUGCGGAGGGGCGUCAUGCCAAAAAUUAAGCGGAGGCUACGCGACGACGAGCGAAAGCUCAUCCGGAGCGGCCAGGUCUUUGUCUUUGAUGAGCGAGAGAGCGGGAUAAAGCGUUGGACCGACGGCUUGCUCUGGAGCCCUAGCAGGAUCCUGAUGAACUUUCUCAUCUACCGCCAAAUCGACAAGAGACAGGCGGCAACGAGGGCAGCAGCUGAGUCGUCGAGCUUCCACCAGUACAGCGUGACAGGCAACACCAACACGAAUACAAUUGAUGCUUCGUUUGCCGACGCAUACGGACCAAGCUCCUCGCGCCUCCGCUCCGCAAGCAGCGCCUCGGACUCGGCCACCAUGUGGCGCAGGCAGGACGAUGCCCAGGCCGAGCGCAAUCUCGUGGGCAGCCUCACGUCCAGCUACCCCUUUGCCAAAGGCGGUCUCUGCAAAAAGACCAUCUCGAUCCAGAUCGACGGAUCCACCCACCACCUCAUCUCGUACUACACCGUCGACGAUGUCCGGUCCGGUCGACUAAGGACGCCCUCGUCGCUGCCAGAGAUUGCCUCGCUCUCCAUUGCUCCUUCCCUCCUCGCAAAGACGUCGUUUCGAUUUCCACCGGCCGUGUCCAUUGGUCCCGAUGGUGUGCCCCGUUUCCGAGCAGAGGAGAUGGAGUCUUCCUCAUCCUCGAACCCUUCCUCGCCCCACCUCAUUCACCACCACGACUCCAGCGGCGAAGGGACGAGCUCGGGCAGCGGAAGCGAGUCGCGAAGAGGAGGCGGCGCAGGUGGGGGGCUAGGUGCAUUAUCAGGGGCGGGUGCAGGAACAGGUGCAGGAGGCAGUCAUCGAAGGAGAGGAGGUGGACGCGGUGCAGCUUCGUCGACCUCCUCGGGGCGACAUGCCCCACUAGCACACCAGGUCGGAGGCUCAGGCGCCUUUGUACCCUCGAGACGAUCUUCGGAAUUUAGCCUGUCGCCCGCCACGCACCGCUAUGAACCGUAUGGCUACCCUGGCUUUGCUUCGUCCCAGAGCAGCAACCACCACCUCGCCAGGCCUAUGACGUCUUCCUCUUCCAUGUCGAUGAUGAACUUUGCCUCUGCUUUUCCUAUGCAGCCACCCUACACAGCGCCCUCUUCGACGGGUCUGGGUCAGCAACAGCAACAAGAACAGCAGCAGCAGCAGCAGCAGCAAUAUAUGAGCCACUCACACUCUCGUCCCCAUCAUCAGCACCACCACUCUGCUUCGUCGCCCUUGAUCAGCCAUGACCCGUUUGCAUCGGGACCUUCUCCAUGGUUGGGGCCUGCACAGGCGCCCCCGACAGGGCCGCCAGACUUUGGUGCUAGUAGCGCACCGGCAACGGCAUCUUCGACGACUGAAGAUCUGACGUCGCUCAAUCUCGGUGGUCUUGCCGCCUUCUCGGCGGUUGACGAGUCGCAGCAACAGCCGCCGCCACAACAACAGCAAUUACAUCGGCAUUCGCUCGAUUAUGCACAAGAGCAGCAGCAGCAGCAGUCGGUGUGGCCGAGUCAGCAAGGCGUCUCUUCCUUACUAGCUGACGACAGCCUGAGUGUGUUGAGGCAGCCUGCAACCGCGGGGGUCGUCUAUGUCGCCAACAACGGCAGUGGCAGCAAUGACUCGGCGUGGUCCCAGCAGCAGCCGCAGUCAGACCCCCUUGCUCAGCCGAUGGGGGGCGUCAGAGCAGGCAUGAGCCAAGAUGCCUACAGCUUGCCCAUGGAUUCGUCCAUCACCCACCAGCAGCAGCAUUCUUCUUCGGCCGACGGCCAAUACCACUUUCCUCCUUUUGCAGCGCCCUCCUCAUCGCUCUCCUCGAUUGCAUUCACAGGCCAACAACAGCAGGCGGAACCGGAAGAGCAUCAGCAUCAGCAUCAGCAACAGCAACAGCAGCAGCCGAUGCCGGUUCAAUUACAUUCAGCAGCGCAGGCAAGACGAUUUCAGGGAGGCCACGCUCAGCAGUCGCCGCUUCCACAAGACUUGUCGACAUCUUCACCGACGUCGGCCGCGUUGGGCACCAUCUUUCUCCAGAAACCACCAGGUAACCAUCGUCAACAUCACUAGGAACCCGCACAAACGCAUACGCACACUUUCAUCAAAGACGCACACACAACACGCAUACCAGUUUCUCGCUCGGCUGUCGCAAAUGGGGUAUUUCUCUCGUCUCUUUGUCACCGUCAAUCAUCAACCGGGUCCCCAGUUUCUCUGUUGUUCCCCAAAACCCCUUUUCCCCUACCCCUUCCAACCCUUUGCUCUUCAUGCCUUU